UAUUAUCUGAUGUGUUAAUUUUGCCAUCUGUUAACUUCAAAACAUUUUACCACGUGGUAACUUUGUUUGUUGUUGUUUGCUAUACAAGUUCGAAAUAACAGUCUUAGGCAAAAUUACUCUACUUUACUUCGUGUUUUUGUUUCCUGGUAAAGUGGCAACUUUGAUCAGCUGACUAUUCGCGUUUAGAAAAAAUGGAAAGCAACACAGAAAUACAGAAGCAAAAUAUAUUGAACGCACUCAGCUACAAAUGUAUACUGGACAUAACCGCUAAUGAUUCUAGCAGUGACGAAGAGGAUGACGAUAUCCUAAUAAAAUUUGCCAUUGAUGCAGCGCUUAUUAUAGCUAAUCGGAGAAGUACCCAUUUGGGUAUACCAAAGUCUUCGCAAUGGGUCAAUAAUGUUCUUCCCAGAUUUGAUAGUGGCCGCAUGCGACAAAUGUUGCGCAUAGAAUUCUUUGAGUUCAACUAUAUAUUGUUGCUAUUCCAAGUUAGCAAUGUCCCUUUUAUCUGCAUAAUGUAA